CCGUUGCCAUCACCAAAAGAUGAAGCCUUAGCGAGAACUAUUGAGAGAACUAUUGAGAAUCAUACCGCACUGGUAAUCUUCAAGUUCAAAAUCGUUGAAAGCAUUGGAAACGAUUAUGUCAAUGCAAUGAGAAUGCUGCCAAGUCUUGGCGUGCCCCGAGUGAUGGCACCCAUCAUAGCUCCUUUGGUUUCUUAUAUGAUGAAAAGUAAGAUAUCUAAGCGGGUCGAGACGAGCCUUGGUAAUUUCUCAGACGAAGACUUCAAACAAUUGUUACACAAGGACUUGGAUGCUUACCGGGACCUCCUCGCCGGCAAGAAAUUCUUUUUCGGCGACGAAAUUAGCUCGGCUGACUGCACGCUAUUCUCACAACUUGCUACGACUAUUUACAUUCCUGUCGAGAGUUAUGCCAGGGACGUGAUCCAAGACGAGUACCCAGAACUCGUCACCUUUUGCGACAACGUUCGGGACAAGGUCUUCGGAAAGGAGUUCAUUCCGGAGAACUAUAGGGAUGUUGAGAUCGUGGGCACGGAUUUAGAUCCUUACAAUGAUAAAAUCCUAAAGUCCUACUUCCAGGUCCAAAUACGGAAACAUGACUGGAAGCCCGACAUUGUCUAUCUCUAUCAAUUUCCCAGAGCAAAGCCGGUGCCAAAUCUAUCGCCAUAUUGCUUAAAAGUGGAGACUUUUCUUAAAGCUAACAAAAUUCCAUACGAGCCGUUGCCGUCACCAAAGGAUGAAGCCCUAGCAAGAACUAUUGAGAGGACUACGGAGAAUCAUACUGCAAUGGUAAUUUACAACUUCAAAAUCGCUGGAAGCUCUGGAAACGAUUAUGUGAAUGCGAUGGGAAUUAUGCCAAGUAUUGGCUUGCCCGACGGGUUCACACCAAUCAUAGCCCCUUUGGUUACCUAUAUGAUAAAAAGUAAGAUAUCUAAGCGGGUUGCGACCAGCGUCGGUAACUUCUCAGACGAGGACUUCAAACAGUUGUUACGCAAGGAUUUGGAUGCUUACCGGAAUCUCCUCGCCGGCAAGAAAUUCUUUUUCGGAGACGAAAUCAGCUCGGCUGACUGCACGCUAUUCUCCCAACUGGCCACGACUAUUUACAUUCCUGUUGACAAUUACGCCAAGAACGUGAUCCAAGAUGAAUACCCAGAGCUCGUCACUUUUUGCGACAACGUUCGGGACAAGGUCGGGAUACGUAAACAUAAUUGGAAACCAGACAUUGUCUAUCUCUACCAAUUCCCCAGAGCAAAGUCAGUGCCAAAUCUAUCGCCAUAUUGCUUAAAAGUGGAGACCUUUCUUAAAGCUAACAAAAUCCCAUACGAGGUGUGCCCCCUCUUGAUGGGAAGAUCAAAGUACGGCCUGUUGCCGUUUAUCGAGCUGAACGGUGAACAUAUCGCCGAUUCGCAAAUUAUUCUUCAUCGGCUUAAGACACACUUCAAAGUGAAGGUACGAAUUAGUCACACUAUGUUUGCCGAUCUUUUUCAGUUUUUGUCAUUUAACCAGAACCUGAAGGUAAGGGGGGACAUCGGGGGCAAGCUAAAGCAUCCAUUGCCAUCACCAAAAGAUGAAGCCUUAGCACGAACUAUCGAGAGAACAACUGAAAAUCAUACCGCAAUGGUAAUUUUCAAGUUCAAAAUCGUUGAAAGCUCUGGAAACGACUAUGUAAUGGGAAUGAUCCCAAGUCUUGGUUUGCCUCAAGCGUUUACACCAAUCCUAGCCCCUUUAUUUUCUUGUAUGAUAAAACGUGCGGUAUCUAAGCGGGUUGCUACCAGCAUCGGUAACUUCUCCGACGAAGACUUCAAACAGUUGUUACGCAAGGAUUUGGACACUUAUCGGGAUCUCCUCGCCGGCAAGAAAUUCUUUUUCGGUGACGAAAUUACCUCGGUCAGUAGUUUUGCAGAUUCACUGUUUUGA